GUUUCAACUAAUUGUUUAGAGAGAAAAGGAAGGAAAGAAGAGAAGAAAGGGCUGGCCUUGCAUUUCUCAUGAACUGUGGAGUCGUCUUGGGUUUCUAUUGUUGGGGUUGGGAGUUCUUAACUGCCCUUCUUCUCUUCUCCUCUUCUUAUUCGUUUCUUCUUCUUCUUCUCCUCCCCUUUGUUUUACACUAUACAUCUUAUACUCUUAGUAAUAUGGAGUCUAUGAAUAUGACAAGUGAUGGUAAUAAGGGUUUGUUAGAAUAUGUUAGGAAAUCAACACCACCACCAUUCUUGUUGAAGACUUAUAUGCUGGUGGAGGAUCCCGCUACCGAUGACGUUAUUUCUUGGAACUCCGAUGGCUCGGGGUUCAUCGUAUGGCAGCCGCCGGAGUUUGCUCGUGAUCUCAUCCCCACACUUUUCAAGCACAGCAACUUCUCCAGCUUUGUCCGCCAGCUUAAUACUUAUGGGUUUCGGAAAGUAGCAACCAACCGAUGGGAAUUUUGCAACGAAAUGUUCCGGAAGGGCGAAAGUGAGCUGCUCUGCAAAAUCCGAAGAAGAAAAGCAUGGGUCAAUAAGCAACAAAGCGGCGCGCCAAUUCACGCUCCACCGCCGGCCGUGGAGUGCGACGAAGAUCAGAGAUCCUCUUCAACCUGUUCGUCGUCGGGAUUCAACUGCCUCGUAGACGAAAACAAGCGUCUGAAGAAGGAAAACGGGUUGCUGAAGUGGGAGCUGACGAGCAUGAAGAGAAAAUGCAAGGAACUUCUCGACUUGGUGGCUAAUUACGCGCAGUUCGAGAAAGAGAAAGACAACGACCACAAUAUCCCCAAGCUCUUCGGUGUGAAGUUGGAAACUGAAGGCGAGAGGGAGAAGAAGAGGAAGAUUAGUGAAAGCGCUAGCGUUUUACUUUCUCAAGCCUGCAAAUAA